AUGGUAUACAAUGAAAGCUCAGAAAAUCAGGCGAGGUUACAUGACUGUAACUUUCAAGUCAGCAAGUUUUUCAUGGAUCCCUCAGCCACAACAGAAGAUGAAAACACAUUAGUCUAUGGGCAAAUGGCAAUAUCAGUUUUGCCACUGAGAGAAAUUGAUGAGUGUGUCACUGCAAGAUCUAAUAUAUUUCGAGACAUGGUAGGCUCAUACCUAAUUCCCUCUUCUGCAAUUGAACCAACUAGUUGUGCAAAUCUGGGAAGCCUUUGCCAAGCUACUGUAAAUGCUACUACUCCUACACCACCCACUGUCACCACUAACAUGCCCGAUACUAAUAGAAACGAUAAGCCAAACAAUGGUGGGCUAUUCUACAGGAUAUCUAUAACUGUCUUUAGUUCCAACACCAACUCAGUGUCGAAAGUACAUGAUGUGGUUGCAGAAUGGCUAAACCGUACUUUCCAGAAUUGGAAUUACACUGUGUAUGUGGUCAAUAUCAGUAUCCACCCUGGCUCUGUAAAAGAGGGAGUAAGAGAAAAAAGGAGUAUUAAAAGUUUUGGGGUUUUGGCUCUUCUGGUUUAUAAUUCCACCAACAACAUCAAUUUAGAAGAGGAAGACAUCCGACAGAAGCUCAUACAUAAUAAUGGGACCAUGGAAGAAGGAUAUCAGCUUCAUACUGUGGAUGUUGAUCCAGUGGAAAAAUGUUUAGCUGAAGAAAACCCUCCAAACUAUUUUUGGCCAGAUACCAGACCGACUGUGACCAACUUCACAUUAUGCCAUGGGAGCUCAGUUCAGACUGCAUCAAGAACCUGCUAUUUGGGUCUGCAGAAUUAUACAUCAUACUGGGGCCAGCCUGAUCUUAGAAAUUGCACAGAAAAUGCAGCUGAUAUAGCCAAUCAGCUUCUGAAUCUCACUGGUGAAGGGCAGCAGCUAACCUCAGACAAAGUAAAUGAUGUUGUACAAAAGCUCAAAAAAAUUGUGAAUGAUGAAGAGAUUGAUGAAUCUCUGGGUUCUACUGUGGUGACAAUUUUUUCCAAUAUUCUAACCAGUUCGGACAGUGUAUUGGCAGCAUCAUCUUCUGAAGCUCUAAGAACUAUUGAUGCCUUGGCUUUAAAGAUCCAGUUCACUGGACCGUCUAUGAGUAUUUCAACACGAAACCUUGCACUUGGAGUGUCUUCUGUAAACUCAACUUCAUUCAAAGGUGGUUCUUUCAGUGUCAGUCCACAGAAUAAUGCAUCUGAUUUCCAGAUAGAUUUUGACAAGGACCAGACAAAUGCCUUCGCUUCUGUUGUUCUGCCACCAAGUUUACUGAAGAAUUUAAGUCAAGAUGAGUUUGAACUUAUAUCCAGGGUUCAAUUUACUUUCUUCAAUAAAAAUGGUCUUUUUCAGGAUGCAGAAAAUCCUGCCAAUUUGACCAGUUUUGUGGUGGCAUGCAGCAUCGGAAACAUAACCAUUCAGGAUCUUCAGGAAUAUGUGAAAGUUACAAUAAAACAUACCAAAAUUCAGGAAGAUCCUAAGCCUACCUGUGUCUUCUGGGAUAUGAACAAAAAUGGUGGCAGUGGUGGCUGGAACCCUGCGGGCUGCCAAGUGGACCCAGAGUCCAAUGAAAAUGAGACAGUUUGCUUAUGCAACCACCUCACGCACUUCGGGGUCCUAAUGGAUCUUCAGAGAACCGUUACACAAAUAGACCCACAGAAUACCAAGGUCCUCACGUUUAUCACUUAUAUAGGCUGUGGGAUAUCUGCUAUAUUUUCAGCUGCAACUCUUCUGACAUAUAUUGCAUUUGAGAAGUUGCGAAGAGAUUAUCCAUCCAAAAUCCUGAUGAAUUUGAGCACAGCCCUGCUCUUUCUUAACUUGAUCUUCUUGCUUGAUGGUUGGAUUGCAUCAUUUGACAUUGAUGGCCUCUGCAUAGCUGUAGCUGCACUGUUGCACUUUUUCCUUCUGGCCACUUUUACGUGGAUGGGACUAGAAGCCGUUCAUAUGUACAUUGCUCUAGUGAAAGUGUUCAACACCUAUAUACGGCGCUACAUUCUGAAGUUUUGCAUCAUUGGCUGGGGUUUGCCAGCUCUGGUGAUAGCAAUUGUUUUGGCAAGUGCUAAUACAAAUGCAAGUCAUGUUUAUGGCAAAGAGUUAUACGGCAAAGAUGCUAAUGGGCAAGGAGGAGACGACUUCUGCUGGAUCAAGAAUGAAGUUGUCUUUUAUGUGACUUGUGCUGGCUACUUUGGAAUCAUGUUUCUGAUGAACGUUGCCAUGUUUAUUGUGGUGAUGGUGCAGAUCUGUGGGAGGAAUGGGAAAAGAACUAAUCGGAGCCUAAAGGAAGAGAUCCUGAGGAACCUCCGCAGCGUAGUCAGCCUGACCUUCCUCCUAGGCAUGACGUGGGGCUUUGCCUUUUUUGCCUGGGGUCCCUUAACUCUUCCUUUCCUGUACCUCUUCUCCAUUUUCAAUUCAUUGCAAG